AUGGUAUUCAAACAUUUAGCUGUUCAUUUACUUGAUAAAUAUCUUGGAGAUUAUAUAGAAAAUUUUGAUUCAAAAAGUCUGAAAGUUGGUUUAUGGCAUGGUAAUCUUACUAUUGAAAAUGCUUAUGUAAAACAAAAUGCAUUGGAUGAUUUAAAUAUUCCUGUCGAAAUCAUAACUGGUUUUAUUGAAAAAUUAACAAUUCAUAUUCCAUGGAAACAUUUCUAUACGCAUCCAACAAAAAUUUCAAUUCAUGGAUUUUAUUUACUUUUAAAAACAAGAACUGAAAUCGUUUAUAAUUCUCAAAAAUUUGAAGAACAAGAAUAUCGUUCGAAAAUGAAACGAGUAGAGAAAGUCGAAAAAUUUCAUCGUAAACGAGAAGAAUACAAAUAUUUUGGAAAAAAUCCCAAACGUAAAGAUAAAUUUUUUCAACGUUUAAAAUUUCAUAUUCUUCGUAAUCUUGAAAUCACAAUUGAAAAUGUACAUAUUCAAUAUCAAGAUAAAUAUACGCGACCUUUUCAUCCAUUUACAUUUAAUCUCACAUUCAAUUAUAUUAAACUUACUGCAACAAAUGCUGAACGAGAAGAUUCAAAAAUACUCUUCAAACUCGGUGAAAUCAAUAAUUUAUCGAUUUAUUGGAGUGCCAAUAUUGAACCCUAUGAUAAUUUACCAAAAGAAGAUGUUAUUGUAUGUUUUAUAAAGGUAUUCUUUUUUUUCCUAUCGGAAGAUUUAUUUAGAAAAAAAUUUAAAUUACAAAUAAAUGAGCAUCUCAAAACAAAUAUUGCACAACAGAAUUACAUUCUUCGACCAUUGAAUGCAACCGCUAAAUUUGAAAUAGCAAAAAAACCUCAAAAACAAGAUUUUCAACGACCGAUUUUACAAGCAAAAAUUCUUUUCCAAGAAAUUAAUUUAAAUAUGAAUCCAGAUCAAUAUGCAGAUAUUCUUGCAUUUCUUGAAUUUUUUCAAUAUUAUACUACAAGAGCGAAAUAUGUGAAAUAUUACGCACUUAAAAAUGCUCUUCAAGCGGAAAAACCAAGUAUACGACGAUGGAAAUUUGCUUAUAAUGUAAUCUUGAAUGAACAAAUUCGACCGAGACUUGCUUCUUAUCAAUGGAAAAAUAUUAAAUUAUAUUUAGAUCGAUCAAAACAAUAUUAUUUGUUUUAUUAUCAACAAAUAACUGCACGUCUUACUAAAGAUGAAAAACAACGUAUGGAAGAAUUAGAAAAAAAAAUCAAUACAUUUAAUUUAAUUUAUGUUCGUCGAGUAGCUCAAAUUAUGGCUAAAAAACGAAAACCAAAUACAAAGGAACUAUCUUCCGGAGAGAAACUAUCUAAUUGGUGGAAACAACAUCAUGCCAAUGAUGAUGAUGAUCCAGAAUUACAAUCUGAUAAUAUUUUGUCAAACGAAGAACGACAAGAACUUUAUGAAGCUAUCGGUUAUGAAGAUGAACAGAAAGUAUUAUUGUAUCCAUCAGAGUAUAUUGAUAUUGAUAUCUCUGUUGGUUUCAAUACAAUCAAAGCUAAUGUUUGGUCAAAUAAUAAUGAAAAUGAUAUACAAGCUAAAUCAAUCGCUUGUGCAACAAUAUCAAAUACUGAUUUUAUUUAUACACAUCGUCCUGCUAAAGAUGAUUUUUCAUUUCAACUUGAUAUUGAUUCAUUAGAAAUGUAUGGAAAUCAAUCGGAAUUAAAUCGAGAAGGUAUUAUUAAUUUAAAUCAACCUGUUCUUAUUCAAUCGCAUAAUAAAUCACAAAAUAAUAAAGAAAAAUUGUUACAUAUUCAAUUUGAAACACAUCCACUCAAUCAAACAUGUGAUUAUCGUAUCAUAGGUCGUUUACAAUCUUUUGAUAUCGUAUAUCAUGCAGUAACAAUUAAAAAUCUUUUUGAAAUAUUCAUUCCUGAUAAAAAUCAUCAUUUAGAACAAACAAAAGAAGUUGCUUAUUCAUUAUAUACAGAUAUAAAAAAUGAUACGCAAUUUUUAUUAAAUGAAAAUGUUAAAAAAAUGAAAGAUUUAGAUAUUAGUAUUGAUUGUCAAUCCGUAUUUAUUAUUUUACCUGAACAUGAUGAUUUAGCGAGUUCUUCGCCAUCAAUUUGUUUAGAUUUAGGUCAUUUAACAUUUAAAGGUGGAAAGAAAAAUAUUCCUCAUCAAAAAGAAAUACUUCCUAAUACUGAAAAUAAUCAAGAUAUUGUCGAAUCAUCAUCUAUUCCAAUAAAACUAAAACUUGAAAGUACGAGAUUAGUCUAUUGCAAGAAAGAUCAAGAUUGGAAAAUUAUUCUGAAUGGGAAUGAUACAUCAUCUUAUAUUAUUAAACCAAUAACAAUUAUUUUAGAUAUAAACAAAUCAACUUGUAUGGAUGAUUUCAAUAUACCAAUUUGGAAAGUCGAUGGUGAAAUUACAAAACUUGAAUCGCAAUUAUCUGAUAAACGUAUAUUCGAAAUUGUAAAUGUUGUUCGAUCAAUGCCACUUCCUCAAAUAAAAUCGAACGACGAAGCUAAUAUUGCAAAAUUAAAUACAAAAGAUGGAAAACGUCAAAGUGUAAAGAAAAUCGAUGAAACAAUCGAAAAAAUGACAUCUUCGAAAAUAGCUAAAACUGAACAUCAAACUCAAUCAGAUCAAAUUCAGUCUCACCAACAAAUAACACAAAUUCAAGCUAGUUUCAAAAUUCCAGCUAUAACCAUAUCUGUGGAACAAUGUCCAAUGGAUUUAUCGGAUUCCAAUGAACCAUUUAUUGAAUUAUCAUUUGUCUCAAUAAUUAUUGAAGCUAAAAUGAAAACUUAUGAUAUUGAAUUUAAUUUUUCUCUUGAAGAUUUUUACCUAAUUCAUCAACAAUUUGAAACAAAAGAUAAUAAAAAACUUUAUUUAAUUGGUAAUCAACAUAAUGAUAAUACGAAAUUAUUAAUUAUCAAUGGUUUAUUAACAUCUAUUGAAAAUCCAUUAUUUUCCUCAUCACCUUAUAAUUCAAUUGAAAAUAAAAUUCAUAUAAAUUUUUCUCAAUCAAAUUUAAAUAUUCAAUUAGAAGCGUUAACAUCAAUACUUAUAUUUAAAAAUAAUAUUGUCAAGCAAUUUUCUCAAAAACAAAUCAAAUCAGAUUCUACUAAGACGAAAAAACCGAAGAAAAAAUCGAAAAAAUCUUCAUUUGAAAUUGAAUUUAAUUUAAAUGAAUUUCAUAUUCUUAUUGGAAAUCAAUAUACGCAAUUAUUAUAUAUAAAAUUACAAGGUGUACGAAGUAAUUUAUCUCGAUCAAGUGUGAAAAAUUCAAUUAAUUUGAUUAUUAAAGAUUUUAAUGUUAUUGAUCCUUCACAUGAUGGUCGAUUUAAAUCAAUUAUUUCAAAAGAAAAUCAAGAAAAUGAUUUAGUAUCAAUUAAUUUAUCGUUAUUGAAAUAUUCGAAGAAGUUUCUUAAUCAAAUUGAUUCACAUAUCGAUGGACAAGUAGAAAAAGUCAAUGUUUUUCUUCUUUAUAAACAUAUUGAACUUAUUCAAACUAUUCUUAAUGCAUUUCAAGGAAAAAAAUCAACUAAAGAAAAGACUCCGUCUAAUGAACCUUCAUUUUUACAAAAACAAACAUCUAAACUUCAUUUCGAAGUUAAUAUCAAUGGACCAAGAAUAUUUAUUCCAAAACAUUCAUAUUCUAAUGAAGCAAUUCUUAUUGAUUUAGGUCAAUUAACUGUACAAACAAAUCCUAUUAAUAAUCAAAUUCAAUCAGUUAUUGAAGAAUAUAAAAUUAUUUUUCAAAAUUUAUUAGUAAAUCGUGUUAAAUUAAACGAUACAAAUCAAAUUGAAGAACAUAUUAAUUUGUUAGAUUGCUCACCAUUAACUAUUCUAAUUAAUCAUCAUUUAAAUAUUGAAACUCUUGCAGAAAAUCAAGCAAAAUUUUCAAUAAAAUUUCAAUGGGAUAAAAUUGAUUUUUUCAUUCAUCAAGAAGAUUAUUUAUUUUUCAUAGAAAUCUAUGAAGAAAAUUUUAAAGAAAAAAUUUAUCAUAAAAUUCCACAAGAACAAAAAGCAAUUGAAGAAAAUGAAGAAUUAUCAGAUAAACCUGUUAAAAAACAAAAAGUCUUAAAACAAAAAGAUAAGAAAAUAUAUCAAUUAAUUGCAAUUAAUCUUCUUAUAAAACAAAUUAAUUUAACACUUUAUCAUGAUCAAAAUGCGAAAUUACUUUAUUUAGAAUUUGAAAAUAUACAAAUAGAUUUUCAACAAUUUUCAAAUUCAACUUACAAUGGACAAGCACAAAUAUUUAAUUUAAUAGUCGAUUAUUUAUAUUCAAAUGAUAAUCACAAUUCAAUCAAACGUAUUAUUGAUAAGAAUUGGAAUAUCGAACAAGAUAAAUCAAUUUUAAGUAUUAAUCUACAAUAUAAACCAUCAAAUGAAGAUAAUUCAACAUUUAUUCGACAAGUUGAUGGAGGAUUGGAAAAUUUUUACAUUUGUAUCAGUCCAAAUUAUUUGAUUUCAUUAAAAGAUUUCUUCACUUCGAAAAUAGCCAUUCAAAAAGGUGUGAAUCGUGAAACAAUAAUAAAUGUCAACAAACAAAUAUGUAAUGAUAUGAAUAAUGAGAUUCCAGCUCCAGCUAAAUUCGUAUCGAAAUAUCCAUUAAAACAAGAAUCAAAUGAAGAAGAAACAUCCAUGGAUGAUGAUUCUCAAAUAACAACAAACGAUCAAGAUUCAUCAUUCUCUGUUGAGAAUAAAAUUAAUUUAAAUAUAAAAUCUUGUCAAUUUAUUGUGAUUGAAGAUGAAACGAAUCAAAAUUCAAAUUGUCUUGUACUCGAAUUAUCAGUGGCAAUGCAUAUGAUGAAUGCGAAUAAAACAAAUAAAAUUGAAGGUUCAUUUGAAAAUUUAACUAUUUAUGCAUCGAAUUUCGAAGAAUUAAAACAAUCAAAAAUAAAAUAUGAUAUUUUACAACCGACUAAAAUUAAUGUAACAUUAGUCACCAAUCCUAAUGAACAAAUAAUCGAUGUACGCAUUGGAAAUAUAUCUGUUAAUAUAAAUCCAACAUUAAUUAGUACAAUUGCUUCUUUGAAAAAUUCAAUGGGAAAACAACAAACUAAUAUUACAUAUGAAAAAGAUAAAAUAAAUUCAAAAUCAAUAUUUGAUCCAAAACCAUUUAAAGAUUCAAGUUUUUGGUUUAUUCAAGAUCCUCAAGAAAAAGAAGAUACAUUAGAACAAACAGAUAUAUUAGAAAUAACUACAGGUACACCUUCGAAAAGAAAAUCGAUCAUUCAACAACAAAACAAACAAAAAAAAAUUCAUAAACAUAAAAAUAUUCAUCAACAAUUAACUGUAAGUUUGAAGACAGCUGAAGUUAAAAUUCAAUAUGGCUCUGGUUUAACAACGCGACCAGUUCUUGCAUUGUGUUUAUCGGAAAUAUUUACUCAUCUUGAAAAUUGGUCUACCGAUUUAUCGAUUACUGCAUCAAUUCAAAUUGAAUUGGCUUUAUUUAAUGAUCAUUUACUUGCUUGGGAACCACUUAUUGAACCGAUUAUUGAUCAACGUAGUCACACUAUCUCUCCGUGGUCUAUCAAAUGUCAGACCGUCACUGAUCAUAAAGACGAAAAUGAAGCGAAGUAUCGAUUUUUACUUGACGAUGAAAAAUCGUUAAAUUCAAAGGAAGAAGAAGAAGAAAAUGAUAGUGACUUUGAUGUUAAGAAAAUUAUAUUUAUUCGAGCUGAUCAUUUACUAAAUAUAACACUAACCAAAACCGGUGUAGUUCUUGCUCAACGCUUAUUCAAGAUGUUUAGCGAUGCUUAUAAGAAGAAAUCAUCAACAAUUGAGCAAGAUGAUCAAUCAAUAUUAUCCAUACAUAAUCAUACUGGUUAUGAACUUACUAUUGUUGAUUUAAAUGGAAUUGAGUUUACUGAAAAUGACGAAUCAAAUAAAGAUUCAAUUUUACAAAAUGGUGAAUCAGUUAAAUUGACAGUACCUAGUGAACGAUUAGAUGCAACUCAUCUUCCAACAAUUGCAGAACAAGUUGAUCAUAGAAAACAAGAAUUUUCUGUUAAAAUUGGUGAACAAUUAAUUAAAUUAGAUAUAAAUCAAACAUGGAGACGAGUUUAUGAAAUCCGCGCAUCACCAAUUCCUAAUUGGCCAAUUCAAAUGCUUUGUAAUUCACAUAUAUAUGAAGAUCGUAGACGAAUUAUUCUUAGUUCAAUCAUUAAAAUAACUAAUGGAACAAAAACGCCUUUAAUUAUUUUGGAUGCUGAUUCAGUUGAAACAAGGAAAUUUCAUCGUAUUGCACAAAUUGAUGUUAAUCAAGAAUUUUAUCUUCCAAUUGAUCCUCUUUAUCUUCGAUCGAGUCCACGAUUAUACUUCACUAUUGAACAAGAUGAUUCAAUGGAUGAAUUGUAUGACUUUAUAUCAUUUGAUUGGGCAAAUGAAUCAAAUAGUGAUCGAGUAUUAAAAUUGAAAGAUGGUAAAGAAACUCAUUAUGUGAUUUAUAAAGAAUCACUUGAAGCUUAUUCAGAAAAUACCGAUGAACCUAUUAGAAGUUCAUUUAAUAUUUCUAUUCAAUUGGCUGUUCAUAUUAUUAAUCUUUUACCAAUUAAUAUUCUUUGUUCAAUCGAUAACACUGAAAAAGUUGAUCUCAAAUCAGGCGAAUUAUAUCAUGCAACAACUGGAAAUAAACAAUCUAGUCUCGUUUUUACGAUUCCAUCACACAAUAAUGUUACAUGGAUAUCUGAACCAAUUAAUAUAGGUACAAAAGGUAAAGGAGCACAUAAUGAACAUAUUGUUGAAUUCCAUAAUGCCUCAACAAAUGAAAUAAUGAGAAUGGUAUUACGUGUUGAUAUAUGUCGACAAGCAUAUCGUGCAUCAUUUUAUUCUCCAUAUUGGCUUAUCAAUUCUACUGAUCUUAAAUUUCAAUUUCAACUUGAACAUGAGAUGGUUUAUAUUGAUACUACUAAUGAACCAUAUUUUAUAUGUCCAAAAGGAUUUCAUAGUAAUUCACAUAAAAAGGCUAAUAUUAGGUUAUAUAGUGCUGUAGAUGAUGAAAGUGUUUCUCAAUGGUCGGAAGGUUUUUCUGUUAAUGUUAUUAAAAGUACAGGAAUAGCAACUUGUAAUAUACUUAAUGAUAGACUUUAUAUGGUUUGUGUUAAUAUUGUUACUUCUUCAUUUGGUAUGACAAAAAUCAUAACAAUUGCUCCAUCAAUAACUGUUAUUAACAAUGCAUCCAUUGGUAUUGAUAUUAUUGAAACUGUAUCUGGUAUCGAACAAGAUAAAUGGAAAUCAGUUAAACCUGAAGAGAUAAUUCCAUUUUGGCCACAUAAUAUAAAAGAUGGUGUAAUGCGUGUACGUUAUUCACAUAAUAUACAAGCAUCAUGUGGUUUUUCAAUAAAUGAUAAACAUCGAACAUUAUUAUAUAUGAAUGAUGAAGAACUUCCUGCAAUUGAUGUUCAAAUAAAUAUAACAGAUUUUGAUGGAUAUAGAAUUGUUUUUUCUGAUUAUAAAAAUGGUGAUGCACCUAUUUUAAUUGUUAAUACAUUGAUUAAUCAAUCAAUUACAUUCAAUCAAAAAGGCGAUUCACGAACACAAACUUUACCUGCACAAAAUUAUGUUUAUUAUACAUGGAUUGAUCCAUUUAAACCAUGUGAAUUAGAUAUUUCGGCUAAUAAAAAAACUGUAACAAUAAAACUAGAUCCUGCUAGUGGUGUUAUUGAAGAAGAUAAUGAAGAAAAUAUUUAUUAUGGUAUAUUUCAUGAUGGUCCACAAACAGUAUUAUUAUUUUCUUGUGAUAUGACAAUUAUUCGAUCAGUUACAGACUCAUCAUUAUUAGAUGAACCAAUAAAGAAUUAUAUUCAAAUAAUUGCACGUCAGAUUGGUAUAUCGAUUAUUGAUGAUGUUAAUCGAAAUGAUUUAUUAUAUAUAACUAUUAAUCAAUCAAAAAAUAUUUGGGUUGAAAAACAAAAAUAUAAUAUUAGACCAAUUUCUCCUUCUCUAAAUAAUUAUUUAGAAGAUAAUUAUAAUCUAUAUAUUGGACGCCACCACCAUCAUCGUCAUCUUCAUCAUCUUCAUCACCAUCAUCAUCAUGAUACGAAACAAGAAAUUAGAGAGAAUAGAUAUAGAAUUGACGAACAUCGCAUCGUAUCAUUUAAUGAAAAUGUAGCUGAAAUAAGUGAUGAUAAAGGUAAUCAUGUAUGUAUUAGAUAUGAAAAACUUGAUGCAAUAUGGAUUGGAUAUGCAUGGUCAAUAAGUAAAGUUGCUAUUCAUGCUCGAAUUAAUGAUAUACAAAUUGAUGAUCAACUCGAAUAUACAUUAUUUCCAACAAGUCUUUAUCCACUUAUUUCAAAAUCAGCAGGAACUGAUUUACCUGGAAAACCAUUUAUUGAAUUAAGUGUAUUCAAAAGUAAAUCAAUGAGAGCAAAUACAAUUCAUUUCAAAUAUUUUAAAUUACUUAUUCAAGAAGUUGCUCUUUGUGUUGAUCAAGAUUUGAUCUUAGCUCUAUUUCGAUUUUUCAAAGCUGACAAAAAUCCUGUAGCAUCUUCAAUGAAUAUGGAUACAGAUAUAAUGCAUAUUAAAAAACCACUUGAUUCAUUAAUUCAAAGUGAAACACAUCAACCAUCAUCUGAUAUGGAAAUUUAUUUUGAUAAUCUUCAUUUAUCACCAGUGAAGAUUCAUGUUAGUUUUUCUAUUCAUGGUUCAAAGCCAAAUAAACAAUUACUUGCUGAACAUCCAUUAGCAGAUUUCAUUUUAGAAAUAUUGAAUGUAGCUGAAGUACAAGAUGUUAUAUUAAAAUUAAAUUUUUAUGAACGAAAAAAUGAACGAUAUACAAUUAAUAAAUUAACAACAGAUAUAAUUAAUCAUUAUGAACAUCAAUUGUUAAAACAAAUUCAUGCUGUUAUAUUAGGUCUUGAUGUUCUUGGAAAUCCAUUUGGUGUUAUUCGAAGUAUUGCUCAUGGUGUUGAAUCAUUUUUUUAUGAACCAUUACAAGGUGCAAUGGAAGGUCCAAGAGAAUUUAUUCAUGGCUUUGGAACAGGUACAAAAUAUUUAGUAGGUUCAGUUGUUAGUAGUACUGCUGGUGCACUUUCUAAAGUAACUGAUGCAGCAAGUAAAAGCUUAGCAACAUUAACAUUAGAUAAAGAUUAUCAAAAUGUUAAAAUGCAACGUAGAGAAUUACUUACUCCACAUACAUUUCACAUUGUUUCAAGUGGAAAAAAUACAGCUAAGGAUAUUGUAUCAGGUUUUAAAGGUCUUGUCAAGAAGCCAGUUGAAGGUGCAAAAGAAGGUGGUCGUGAAGGAUUCGUCAAAGGUGUCGGCAAAGGUUUUCUUGGUCUUGUUGGAAAACCUACAAGUGGUAUUGCUGACUUAACAAGUACAUCAUUGGAUUCAAUUAAAAGAGUUGUAACACAUGAACAAAGUAUUUAUCGUAUCCGACAUCCACGACAUAUCGGCCGAGAUGGAAUUAUUCGACCUUCUAUUGCUCACGAAAUGUUCGGAAAAUAUAUAUUAGAUAAAAUUGAACAAGAAGAACAUGGUAAAACAGAAGACUAUAUAGCUCAUAUUAAAUGCUUAGAAGAAUCGUCCAGUUAUUUUUUUGCUACUACAAGACGAGUUUUAUUAAUCAAUCGAGAUUCUUCUUCAUCGGAUUGUUAUACUGUUGAAUGGCAUCAUCCUUAUAAACAUAUGAAAGAAUUACCUCAAGUAAAAUUUAAUCCAUAUCAAAUUGAAAUUAUUUUCAAAGAAAUUAAUAAACUUAAAAUGGCAAAAAAAGAUCGAGUACAUACUAGAAUAGUGCCUUAUCGUAUUAUUGGUGAAGCUCGGUAUAUUGUCGAUAAAAUCACGGAAACAAUGCAAACAUUACAAAUCUAA